AUGUCAUUAAAUAAUUUCCCGGUAUUAUGUUUAGGUGAAAUAUUCGAAAUCCUGUAUAAAGAUGGAUCACUUGGGAGUCUUGGUAAUUGUGCGAUGGUUAACAAACAAUGUUUAAAUAUUCGUACAAUAAUUCUUGAUAUGAAUAAUAAUUAUACGAUACAACAACGUUCGACGUCACCAAUUGAAGAAGAAGAGCUAAAUAUAUUUUUGUAUCCCAAUGCCAAAACGAAUCUUACGAAAAUCAAAACAUUAAUAACUCAUGGCGAAUAUGUUGAUGGAUUGUUGUCGACUGCUUCACAAAUUCUUUGCAAUCUCAAAGAAAUUCAAUUCAUCCUCACCAACUCAAAUUACUUUGCCACAACAUUUCAGGAUUUAAGCAAAUUGAUAGAGUCGCAAAAAUCAUUGGAAAAUCUGUUGAUAAAAUGUAGUAGAUCAAAGCCACUUGGAUUCAAAAAUAUUUUUCAAUCAUUGAUCAACACCCAAUUUGAAUCGUUGGCAAUUCUUACAUUGGAAAAUGUCGACUUUCAAAGUGAACAAACAAUUUCAAAUUGUUCCAAUUAUUUAACACUUUUAACAAGUUAUUGUCGAAAUUUAAAAUAUUUUUCUGGGACAAUCAACUUUAAACAACAACAACAAAUGAUGGAUUUGAUUGAAUUCCUUAAAGCAAGUAAGAAUUUAGAAAAGGUCGCUAUUAAUGAUAUAAAAAAAAUACGCACAAAUGGACGUUCGUUAAAUCAUAUUUGGGUUGAGAAACCAAUAAUAUCUUCAUUGGCAACAAAUACAACAAAUACAAAAAAUACUAAUGGUGAUAAUUUGUUCAGCGAAUAUCUGCCAGAAAUUGGUAAAUCUUUACCAACCACAAUAAAAACAUUUAAAGUUAGAAAUGUUUUAUCAUUUUCACCUGAUUGUUUAAAACAAUUUCUAGCCAAUUGUAAAGGUGAAUUGAAAUACUUGGGAUUUGCUAGUUGUAAAGACUUUUCUAGUGCACAUUUGCAGGCUAUUAUUGAUUAUAUUGAAAAUAAAAAGAGAGACGGUAAUUGUGGUGUUGAUGGUGAAAUAUUGAAAAGAUUAAAUGUGAGAGGUUGUUAUUUAAUCAAUUUCGAAGAUUUAUCAUAUGUUAAAAAUUUCAUAAAAAUUGUUAAUGGUAAACCUUGA